CCAUUCCAGAAUCGCGCGAGAGAGGUUUCCGGCGACGUCGCCGGCGAUAGGGAGCUUGGGUGGAAGGAAGGAGGGAUUUGAAGUAAUCAGCGUUCUGGAUUGGCGAGAGGCUAGUCGAACGGCUGAGUAGAACCCUGGGACCCUGAGAUGUCCUUGAUGGGAAACCCUCCUCUCGGUUCCGAGAGGAGGAAAAAAUUUCCAUCGGCGAGAGCAGCGGCAUCGAUCGCUGGAGAAGAGAUCCGCGCUUCAUCCGCCUGGAGAAACGAGAUAUAGCAAAAUCCCAUCCAUUGGUAAAAAUCAUUGAAGAUUUUGUUCGAGCAGAAUAGUUACAGCUUGAAGAUUCCGCCCUAUCUUCUGCUUGUUCCGCUAGGAUUUCAAUUCUGCUGCGAUGUCGGCGUCUGCGAUGAGUGGUGAGGCGGUGGGAGAAGAGGAGUUCGGAUUCGCGGAGUGCGAGUGUUGCGGGCUGACGGAGGAGUGCACGGCGGCCUACGUGGCGGCGGUGAGCGCGAGGUACGGCGGGAGGUGGAUCUGCGGGCUCUGCGCCGAGGCGGUGGGCGAGGAGAUCUGCCGGUCUGCAAAGCUGAUCUCGACGGAGGAGGCGUUGCAGCGACAAAUGAGUUUCUGCUUGAGUUUCCGAUCGGCGACUUCUCCGCCGACGGCGGAGACCGGCGAUCACCUAAUUGCCGUUGUUAGGCGGCUCAUCCGCCGUAGUCUCGACUCGCCACCCCGCCUUCUACUGUCUACCUCUCGCAGCACUUCCCGGAAGGUUCCCGCCGUAUCCGGCCAGACGGAAAACUGCUUGGCGACUAUUGGGGGUAAUUACCUCAGCGAUGUCGGAGAUGUCGAUCAUCUCGAGGUAAAGAGGUUGAACUUCAAUUAAUCUGUUGGCGGAAUCAAAAUUUGAAUGAAAAAACUCAUCAGAGAUUUUGAACAACCGGCUUAUAUCUACAACUACAAGAUAAUUUAUCAGUAGCUUUUCUCUAAUCAAUAAUUACUAAAAAAACAAAAAGAUGAAGCAUGAGGACAACCCAGAUCUUCCCACCGCUUCGGUUCAUGAAGAAAUUUGUCAAAAAUCUCAGAGGUAGGCUUUAAUCUUCAUUUUGUAUGGAAUCAGCAACUGUAAAAUAUCAAAAUUCCCUCACUGUUUUCAGAUUGUUGUUGGUAGUUGUUCAUCUGUCAUAUAAAUCUCUGUUCUAUUUUGUUCAUCGUUUUCCACAAAUGAAUUGCUACCCUGCUAUUGUUCUGCUUUGAA